GAAUCCGACUAACAUGCUGACUACAGUAUUUUGAAUUUGAAAGGGUCAUCGUCAACGUCUGGUAUUGGCGGACGAUCUCCGCGUGUUCCUCCACGUAUUCUUCCGCGCUGCAGUCGGAGGCCAAGUUGCAUUUUCUUCAGGGAUCUUUUUGAGUUCGAUUCGUGAGGAGGCCCAUCCGAACACAGCUAACCAUGGGCAGCUAUAGUGGAAAUUUCUCAGCAACAGCACAAACCCUCUUGCAUUGUGGGAGCAUUGAAGGGGCGCUGAGCUGGCGAUCUAAACUUUGUCUUCGGCAGUGGGACCCUAAGCGAAGAUACGAACUGAUGUUUGCAGAUCAGAACAUGGAGACGAGUGCAUAGAGGGUUGCUGCUAUUAAUAGGGGAAGGAAGAGGAAAGGAAAAGAGAACAGACGGGCACAGUACCUCCCCUUUGCCCAAGCGAGCUCCAGUGGAAGGGUCAACCGCAACAGAGCCGAUGACGAUCAGAUCCACUCGCAAGGGUGCAUCAAGUCCUACAGGCGUUCCAUGCUUUGCUGCUCCAGCAGACGUGCAGGCUUCGAUUAUCUGGACUCCAGCAGGUAAGUCUGCAGCUUCCAGCGUUGAGAAAAACCCUGUCCGAAGCCUGGGCUGGGGCGUUAACAGCGUCUUUCCUCCUGGCAUGUGGAAAAGAGGAGCAUGGUUGAUGCGCAUCAGACAAAACUCAUAUAAUCUUUGAUUCAUAUGCCCACUAGAUAUCAAUUCCCCAGCCAAAACCAGCGCACCCUCCAAUCCUGCCUUUUCCUCCGGCUUCUGCUACGCCUCGAGUCUCUCAGAAGUACAUCCUGCUGACUAGUUGGUUGACCUGCGUAGUUUACUGCCCUCCCAGCUCCCUGAUUUUGUCGAAUUCACAUUUGCUGGCCCUUCUCCGAGCAUUCUGGUCAGGAUACACGCCUUGAUUCGCAAGAGUAAGGCCUGUCCUAGGCUUUGAAAGGUCAAACCUCGAGAAUCGUCGUCAGCUUUUGUCUACGGCUCACAAGAUCCUCACUCUGGAAUCAUCCAAUGGCAUCAAGGCGUGAAUGACUUACCAGACAAGGUGAGGAACCGCACUUGCUUUUGAGGUGUGUCGGGGUUGACCUUCACGCAUCGAGCCGCUUGAAACUCUGGAAGCCUAGCCAACUUGAGGAAGAAUUACAGAUUCUCAGAUAAUUUGCAGUCGAUAAGCCUGAGGUAUUCAGUCAUGAGAUGCCUCCGCAAUUUGAGUCCAAUUUUGUGACUCAUGUACGGCAUGGAUAUCCGAGGAACAACCCAGCGUGCAAUUCUUUCACGAUUACUAAACGUAGAUACCUGAUGCUUCAAUCCUAUUGCGCCUUUGCGGUUUCGCAUCUCAGAAGAGGCAAUUAUGGAUGAGAGGUCCAGCGAUUCCUCGCAACGAUCGCGGCUUCCGCCCCCAUCCUUUGAAUCAAAUUACUACAUUCACUAAGCUCAUCACAUGUACGGGGCUGGUAUUUAAAGAUUCAGAGAUGUAUGGACUAGCAUGCAGAUAUGGACUCUCGUUGCUGAGAUCAUAGUGGCAAGCAGCAUCAACGGAAAGUCGAGCCCAGGACAGCCCCAACCAUAAUCAUGGGAGAUUUUCAGAUUCAGAUCAUAAUUUUGAAUCAUAGCUGUAGAGCCAAGUGCAGGAAUGUACCCUGUCAGCAGCAGCGGCCGCUCCUUUGAAAUUAGGAAUGCGAUGGUGCACUGGUCGGGGUUGUUCCGCAACGUUUUGGGCCUCUAAAGCGUCCCAAAUGCGCUUACGAAUCGCCCACUUCCAAGCUCCAGGCCCUGACCUCUCCUGCUCCAUCACUGCAACGGCCGCUACAUUUGCUCGUGUCUCCGCGUCGAGUCUCAGCCUCUCUGCGUCAUAGUUCGCCGUGUCGAAGCCCUGCUCAUCACCCGCCCUGUUCGCGCUGGAUUGACUCAUGCUUAGCGUCACUCUUCCUCUAAUUCCAUGACCUUUGCUGCUGUAUAUGUUCGAAUUCAGUGUCCCUCUGUUGCUCCUUACAGUGCUGAGUCCUACUCGCCCUCCCCACCCAAACCCCGCGGUCGUCGCCAUUGAUAAGAGAUCACGUCGUGCUCCCUUCGAUUUCAGAGCUUGACCUUUCCUUCGAAAAACAUCGAAUUAAUGCUUUCCUAGAGACAUUUUCUUUCAGAUUAUAAUUCAAGGGACAAUGUCGACGUUGCUUUUCCAGU